AGCCAUCUGUUCCUGGACUUUUGUUUGUUGGAAGAUUUUUAAUCCCAGUUUCAACUUCAUUAUUUGUGAUUGGUCUGUUCAUAUUUUUCUGUUUCUUCCUGGUUCAGUCUUGGAAGGUUAUACCUUUCUAAGAAUUUGUCCAUUUCUUCCACGUUGUCCAUUUUAUUGGCAUGUAGUUGCUUGUAGUAGUCUCUUAGGAUGCUUUGUGUUUCUGCAGUGUCCGUUGUAACUUCUCCUUUUUCAAUUCUAAUUUUAUUGAUUUGAGUCCUCUCCCUCUUUUUCUUUAUGAGUCUGGCUAAUGGUUUAUCAAUUUUGUUUAUCUUCUCAAAGAACCAGCUUUUAGUUUUAUUGAUCUUUGCUAUUGUUUUCUUUGUUUCUAUUUCAUUUAUUUCUGCUCUGAUCUUUAUGGUUUCUUUCCUUCUACUAACUUUGGGUUUUGUUUGUUCUUCUUUCUCUAGUUCCUUUAGGUGUAAGGUUAGAUUGUUUAUUUGAGAUUUUUCUUGUUUCUUGAGGUAGGCUUGUAUUGCUAUAAACUUCCCUCUUAGAACUACUUUUGCUGCAUCCCAUAGGUUUUGGAUAGUCGUGUUUUCAUUGUAAUGUGUCUCUAGGUAUUUUUUAAUUUCCUCUUUGAUUUCUUCAGUGAUCUCUUGGUUAUUUAGUAGUGUAUUGUUUAGCCUCCAUGUUUUUGUGUUUUUAAAGUUUUUUUCCCUUUAAUUGAUUUCUAAUCUCAUAGUGUUGUGGUCAGAAAAGAUGCUUGAUAUGAUUUCGAUUUUCUUAAAUUUACUGAGGCUUGAUUUGUGACCCAAGAUGUGAUCUAUCCUGGAGAAUGUUCCAUGUGCACUUGAGAAGAAAGUGUAAUCUGCUCUUUUUGGAUGGAAUAUCCUAUAAAUAUCAAUUAAAUCUAUCUGGUCUAUUGUGUCAUUUAAAGCUUGUGUUUCCUUAUUAAUUUUCUGUCUGGAUGAUCUGUCCAUUGGUGUAAGUGAGGUGUUAAAGUCCCCCACUAUUAUUGUGUCACUGUUGAUUUCCUCUUUUAUAGCUGUUAGCAGUUGCCUUAUGUAUUGAGGUGCUCCUAUGUUGGGUGCAUAUAUAUUUAUAAUUGUUAUAUCUUCUUCUUGGAUUGAUCCCUUGAUCAUUAUGUAGUGUCCUUCCUUGUCUCUUGUAACAUUCUUUAUUUUAAAGUCUAUUUUAUCUGAUAUGAGUAUUGCUACUCCAGCUUUCUUUUGAUUUCCAUUUGCAUGGAAUAUCUUUUUCCAUCCCCUCACUUUCAGUCUGUAUGUGUCCCUAGGUCUGAGGUGGGUCUCUUGUAGACAGCAUAUAUAUGGGUCUUGUUUUUGUAUCCAUUCAGCAAGCCUGUGUCUUUUGGUUGGAGCAUUUAAUCCAUUCACGUUUAAGGUAAUUAUCGAUAUGUGUGUUCCUAUGACCAUUUUCUUAAUCAUUUUGGGUUUGUUUUUGUAGGUCCUUUUCUUCUCUUGUGUUUCCCACUUAGAGAAGUUCCUUUAGCAUUUGUUGUAGAGCUGUUUUGGUGGUGCUGAAUUCUCUUAGCUUUUGCUUGUCUGUAAAGCUUUUGAUUUCUCCGUCGAAGCUGAAUGAGAUCCUUGCUGGGUAGAGUAAUCUUGGUUGCAGGUUCUUCCCUUUCAUCACUUUAAAUAUAUCAUGCCACUCUCUUCUGGCUUGUAGAGUUUCUGCUGAGAAAUCAGCUCUUAACCUUAUGGGAGUUCCCUUGUAUGUUAUUUGUCAUUUUUCCCUUGUUGCUUUCAAUAAUUUUUCUUUGUCUUUCAUUUUUUGUCAGUUUGAUUACUUUGUGUCUUGGCGUGUUUCUCCUUGGGUUUAUCCUGCCUGGGACUCUCUGCACUUCCUGGACUUGGAUGGUUAUUUCCUUUCCCAUGUUAGGGAAGUUUUCGACUAUAAUCUCUUCAAAUAUUUUCUUGGGUCCUUUCUCUCUCUCUUCUCCUUCUGGGACCCCUAUAAUGUGAAUGUUAUUGCAUUUAAUGUAGUCCCAGACAUCUCUUAGGCUGUCUUCAUUUCUUUUCAUUCUUUUUUCUUUAUUCUGUUCUGUGGCAGUGAAUUCCACCAUCUGUCUUCCAGGUCACUUAUCCAUUCUUCUGCCUCAGUUAUUCUGCUAUUGAUUCCUUCUAGUGUAUUUUUCAUUUCAGUUAUUAUAUUGUUCAUCUGUGUUUUUUUGUUCUUUAAUUCUUCUAGGUCUUUGUUAAACAUUUCUUGCAUCUUCUCGACCUUUGCCUCCAUUCUUUUUCUGAGGUCCUGGAUCAUCUUCACUAUCAUUACUCUGAAUUCUUUUUCUGGAAGGUUGCCUAUCUCCACUUCAUUUAGUUGUUUUUCUGGGGUUUUAUCUUGUUCCUUCAUCUGGUGCAAAGUCCUCUGCCUUUUCAUUUUGUCUGUCUUUCUGUGAAUGUGGUUUUCCUUCCACAGGCUGCAGAAUUGUAGUUCUUCUUGCUUCUGCUGUCUGCUCUCUGGUGGAUGAGGCUAUCUAAGAGGCUUGUGCAAGCUUCCUGAUGGGAGGGACUGGUGGUGGGUAGAGCUGGGUGUUGCUCUGGUGGGCAGAGCUCAGUAAAACUUUAAUCCACUUGACUGCUGUUGGGUGGGGCUGGGUUCUCUCCCUGUUGGUUGUUUGGCCUGAGGCAACCCAACACUGGAGCCUACCUGGGCUCUUUGGUGGGGCUAAUGGCAGACUCUGGGAAGGCUCACGCCAAGGAGUACUUCCCAGAACUUCUGCUGCCAGUGUCCUUGUCCCCACGGUGAGCCACAGCCAACCCCCGCCUCUGCAGGAGACCCUCCAACACAAGCAGCUUCUCCUUUGUCUUUGGAUGUGGGGUAUCUUUUUUGGUGAGUUCCUGUGUCCUCCUGUCGAUGAUUGUUCAGCAAUUAGUUGUGAUUCCGGUGCUGUCGCAAGAGGGAGUGAGCGCAUGUCCUUCUACUCCCGAGUCUCUCUACACUGUGGUUCUAAUAUGAGGAAGAAGGGCAGGAAGGAAGCUGGGAGGCAAUUAGCAGUGGCUGCCAUUUGCCCUGCAGCCAACGUUGGAGCCUCACCCUCAUCAUCUCAGCUCUACACACUGAGGGGUUCUUAUUGCAAAUACUUGCAACUAGUAGCCCGAAGGCUUAUUGUUGGCUGCAGGUACACACAGGAGGGCAGCUGAACUGCCCCUGGAAGCAGCCCUCUACUAAUGGCAGGUGGGGUCCUAGUGAAGAAAUACCCCGGCUUCCCUGCUCCUCGUCUGGGACAAGUUGGAGAAGUUAACUGGAUUAAGUUCCAGUUGCCACAGCACUAACCCGCUCUUAGAGCUCCCUGUUGGCUUCCUGCCCGGCCGUGCCUCACUUGCUGACUGGCCUGCAGAUGUUUUCUGGGAUCACCUCUCAAAUCCAUCACGUGCACUUGAAUCCUUGUCUUAUAAAUUGCUUCUGGCUCCGCAACAAGAGAAGCCACCACAACGAGAAGCCUGCGCACCACAACGAAGAGUAGCCCCCGCUCGCCGUAUCUAGAGAAAGCCUGCGUGCAGCAACGAAGACCCAAUGCAGCCAAAAAUUAAUUAAUUAAUUAAUUUAAAAGAAAUUGCUUCUGGGGGAACCCAACCAAGACAUCCUUCCUGCCUCAAACAGCAAUAAUGUGAUCCAUGGCUGGGCAAUCUGAUCAGCCCACCAGGGAGACUAAUUUGAGGAAGAGAUUUAGAAAAUUCUAAGACGUUAUCAUCAUCUGCUUGAAUGAGAGUCCUGUUUGGUCCACAGCCUCAAACACACCAAGAAAACUCACCCUGAAGAUCAAGAGACAAAGAAAAGCUGGCUUCCUCUCAAGAAACGUGCUCCAGAGAAUACAAGUUAUUUUGGUUGUGAGGAAGAGAAUCUCUUUAGGGCAAACAUCUUUUGAACCGGCCACAGGGGAAUUUGUACCAAGUUCCUCAGAAACAACUAGAAAAAGAAAAAAAAAAAAGAAUAAAUAACAAGAUGCUUUCUCUUUUUCUCUGGAGCGGUCAUGUGGCUUAGCUGCAAAUUAUUUCCCAAAAAUGAGUCAGCUGGGGAGAGAUGGCAUGUGUGUUUGAGCCAACCUGUGUCAUUAAAACAGCACAAAACAGCCCCCAUCCACCCUGGUAACAUUUCAAGGAUGAAGUGUUUGGGCCCAUUUCCACAGCCUUAGGAAUCUGAUCGACCCAGGUUCAAAUCCCAGCUCUGACACGUCUUGGCUAGUGUGACAUGUCACCCCUCUAAGCCUUGGUUUCUCCCACUGUAACAUAAAUAGUCAUAAUCUUAUUUGCCUCACAGCGUUUGUAGAAUAAAUGAGAUCACCUAGUGCCUAAAAAAUGCAAGAUACUAAUAGUAGUAGUUGUGAUAGCACCAGCUCUUUGAGGCUGCUGGGUGUGAACUUGCUGAAUUUUGUCCCCAGGUUUCAUAAAUGUUUGCAAGAGACAUCUGACCUUCUCACGGGCCCUUGGCUUGUCAGCAAGACAAGAAUUCUCUUGAGAAUUUCUUUUCUCUAUUUUCUUCCUGAGUUCCCAUGUGUAAAACGGCUAGGUCUCCCCAUUUGACAGAUGGGCAAAGCGAGGCAUUCAGAGGGGUGAUGUGACAUGCCCAAGGGAUUGUCUUCUCAAAGGCACGGAGACAGCAUCCUGCUCCCUGCAGCAUUGCAGCAGGAAGCCGGAUCCAAAGGAAAAAGGCUCAGGGAGUCUGGGAGGGGGUCCGGAACUCAGACCUCUGCUGGGCCAGGCAGGCAGCGAGAGGAGUGAAGCCGGCCAGCGUGCAAACUCCAGAAGAGGGGCCAUUGCCUCUCCAUGGGACCUUGGGCAGGUCUCUGGGCUCUCAUGCUUCUCUCUGAGCUGAGACCCCUGGGGACCUCGCGGGUCUCGCUGUGCCACCUCCUCCCCCCUCGGAGCUUCAGUUUCCACAGCUGGGAGAAGCGGCGGCUCACCGCCCCCCUACCCGCCUUAAAGGUCAGGACUGUGAGGCCUGUGGGGGUCUUGUCACCCGUCCGCAGGAGGCAAACGUCACGCCGGUGGCCCCAAAUGUCUUCCUAGCGGGCGACCUUUGGUGAGCAGUGGGCCUUGCCCUGGGGCCGGGCCCCCUCCCACCUCUUUCUCGCUCCCUGGGGGAGGAGCCGGCUGCUCUGUGGGCGGGGCCUGGGGAGCGGCUCACCACAUCCUCCCCUUCCUCCCCACCCUGAGCACGCGGUGGGGCUGGGUUGGCAGGCACCGCCUCUGGCGGACCCACUGGCGUCUCUCUGCUGAGCGACCGAAGGGCUCGAGGUCCGACUGUCUGCCUGCUUCUCCCUGCGCGUGACUGACAGCCACACGGCUGUCUGUCUGCCUGGGUGGCCAGCUACCUCUUUGCUUGGCUUCUCCUGUCCGACUGGCGGGCCAGCCCUUGGCUGCUGUCAGUCCAUCCCCCAUGCAGCUGACCGGUCCCUGCCCAGCAACCUCUGUCUUCUGUCCGUGUGUGACCUCCUUGGGACGUGACUGAUGGUUGCCUUUGCUUCUGCGUGGCCCGCCUGCCCGGAGCCCAGCUGCCGUCCGUCUGGGUGACAGGUCUUGUGCUGUCUGGUCGGUGACUUGGGGCAGGUUUCAGCUUCCCACCCCAGUCCCCUGCCUGUUCUCCCAGACCCCCAUCCUUCACGCCAAGCCCAGCUGCCGUCCCCUGGGAGCCCACCGGAUUGCCCGAAGCACAGAGAGAAUGGAUUUCUGAGAAAGAAGUAGGACAGCAGGCUCCGGCGGGCAGCAUGCUCUGCGGCUGGGCUGCCCCUCUGCUCCUGCUGAUGCUCCAGGGGGCCUGGGGCUGCUCAGACCUCGUCUGCUACACCGAUUACAUCCAGACGGUCACCUGCAUCCUGAAGACAUGGGCCCUGCACCCUGGCACGCUCACCCUCACCUGGCAAGACUCAUAUGGAGAACUGGAGGACGAGGUCACCUCCUGCAGCCUCUGCUGGUCCACCCACAAUGCCACGCAUGCAGAGUACACGUGCCAUAUGGAUGUGUUCCAAUACAUGGCCGACGACGUUUUCAGUGUCAACAUGACAGACCAUUCGGGCAACCACUCCCAGGAGUGCGGCAGCUUUGUCCUGGCUAAAAGCAUCAAGCCAUCUCCCCCUUUCAAUGUGACGGUGACCUUCUCCGGACAUUAUAACAUCUCCUGGAGCUCCGAUUACAAUUUGUACGCGCUGAAGGGCAAACUUCAGUAUGAGCUGCGGUACAGGAAGCUCGGAGACCCCUGGGCUCUGAGUCCAGGGAGAAAGCUGAUCUCAGUGGAUUCGAGAAGCGUCUCUCUCCUGCCCUUGGAGUUCCACAAAGGCUCAAGCUACGAGCUGCAGGUGCGGGCAGGGCCCCAGCCUCGCUCCUCCUUCCAGGGGACCUGGAGCGAGUGGAGUGACCCAGUCGUCUUUCACACCCAGCCAGAAGAGAUAAAGGGAGACUUGUACCCUCAACUGCUUCCCAUCUUGGUCCUCGUAUGCCUCAUCCUUGUCAUCUUAGGCCCGAAGAUCCAUCAGGCUUGGAGGCUAUGGAAAAAUGUGUGGGUGCAGGUGCCCAGCCCAGAGCCCUUCUUCCAGCCCCUGUACGUGGGCCACAGCGGAGACUUCAAGAAAUGGGUGGGCACCCCCUUCACUGCUUCCAGCCUGGAACUGAGAUCCUGGAGCCCAGGGGUGCCCUUGUCCCUGGAGAUGCACAGCCGGUGCCUACCGCAGACUGCAGCCAAGGGGCUGGUGCCCACAGAGCUGCCAGAGCCCCCAGACCUGGUGGAAGCCGACGGGGUGCUUGAGCCGGGCUCCUGGGGCCCAGCCCACUCCACCGCCGGCAGCUUGGGCAGCUCAGCUCACAGCCAGGAGAGGGACCGGCCGUACGGCCUGGUAUCCAUCGACACGGUGACCGUGGUGGACGCAGAGGGGCUGUGCACCUGGCCUUGCACCUGCGGGGAUGACGGCUACCCAGCCCUGAACCUGGACACCGGCCUGGAGCCUGGCCCGGGCACGGAGGACUCGCUUCCGGGCAUGGGGGCCACAGUCCUAUCCUGUGGCUGCGUCUCAGCCAGUGGCCCUGCCGGGCCGGGGGACCCCCUGGGCAGCCUCCUUGGCAGGAUAAAGCUGCACCUCAAGGAUGAGGAGGGUUGGGCCCCCGGGCCACCCUGGGAUGGCGGGUCGCCCCGAGGGGUGUCGGACAGCGAGGCAGGUUCACCCCCAGCUGGCCUGGACAUGGACACGUUUGACAGCGGCUUUGUGGACUCUGACUGCGGCAGCCCCGUGGAGCAUGACUUCAGUAGCCCCAGGGACGAAGGGCCCCCCAGGAGCUACCUCCGCCAGUGGGUGGUCAUGGCCCCUCCACCUGCAGGGCCUGGGCCCCAGGCCAGCUAGUGAGGCCGACUGGCCGUCCAGAGCUGGCCAUGCCACUGAGCCAUGAGCCACGGACAGGGUCACCUGGGCUGAGGUGUAACGAGGCCUGCAGCCCUUGGUCUCCCGGCUGGGACCCCUGAGCCUCGUGUUUACAGUGCAUGUCUGGGGCUCAGGUGCCCACUGGCGUGGCUGCGCGUGGGAGUAGCCUGCGUGCCUGUGGACACGGAGCUCGGCUGUGGUUCUGCCAUAUUCCCAAGGCCACUCGUGUGUCUGUGCCGACGUGAGCUUCCUGCGCACGUGAGCUUCCUGCGUGCGCGAGUGUGAGCCGCACGUGUGUCUGUGGGCACGUGAUGACAGCCUCCCUCCCUCCGAGGCACGUGGGUGACCCCCGGGUCACGUGCCGAGACCAGGGCACUGCCUGGGACAGACACCAAGCCCAGCCCCCCAGGUCCUGCCUGCAGAGCCGCACAAAGUCCAGACUGUUCCUUAUCGCCUUUCAGGGGGAGGGGAAGGGGACCAAGCGAGCCCACAGUGACCCUGGGGGUGGGAAGAUUUUGGGGGGAGCCAGUGGACCUGGGUCUGAAUCCUGACUCUGACACCUCCUGGCUGUGCCACCUUGGGUGAGUCACUUCCCCUCUCUGGGCUGGAGUUUCCUGUCUUAAAAAUGGGGGCGGCCUGACCUACCCUGGGGAGAAAUUGGAGAGGUCGCCCAUGUACAGGGUACAGCCCAGACUCUCAAAACACGUCAGCUUCCUUCCUUCUGCGGCCAGGACCAAGGCUUGUGCUGGAGGUGGGUGGGAGUGAGAAACCAGACACAGCCCAGGUACCUGCGGAGGGGCACUUGGGGGAUUCCAGGUUUAAAAUCAGCUUAGUUUCUUCGAAUCAGCCCCUCACCAGCCAAGAUUUCUUUUUCUGCCUCCUGCUGCCCAUUUUGUUGUUCCCUUUAUGCACCCCAGAAAUAUUUAUUGAGCACAUUUACUGAGUACAUGCGGGUGCUGGGAUACAGCGAGAGGACGCUCCCCUUGGCACUCACACUGGGGAGGGCCGCAGGCCGGACUCGGCAGCAAUGGCACGGUGGUCCUGAUCCCCUGGCAUCUUCCUUGCUUGUCCUGGGGAAUUGGAGGAAGUCAAGUUCUUUUUGAUGAUUUGUCGGAGAAACUGCUGAAAUGUGAAUUUAAGAUGCUAAGAAAAUACUUGUUUGUGACGUUUUGAAGGCACCUUAUUGAACGUCAGCUCUGGACAGGAGCUCGAUAUUGGUGCUGCGUAUUGCAUACAACUCAUACUUAAAAAAAAAAAAAAAAGAAAGAAAGAGAAGAGAUCAUUUUCCUCCUAAGGGUGCUCACCUUCAGAGGCUGCGUUUCCGAGGCCAGGAAGCAGGGUUAAAGGAGCAGAGUCUGAUUCAGCCGCGGGCUCUCAGAGCCCUGAGGGGAAUCCCUACCCUGGCCUGGACCUGCCUGGCCUGUGGUCCUCCCCAAAGGCCAGGCUGCAUGCCAGGUGAUGCCUGAAGCCCUGGCUUGUCUCUGCUUUUGGACGAGGGCUCAGCUGUCGACCCUGCUGAUGGUUUCUCUGUGACUCUUCUAUAAAAGGGGAUGUUGGAAGAAGUCACUGAGAGAAUACAGGAUUCUUUGGUUCUGAAAGUUCUAGAACAUUGAGGGUCUUGAUUAGUGGGACUGUUAACCUGGGAUCAAGGCGUGAGGCUCGGAUGGGAGCUCAAGUGUGAAACCACAGCUCCUGCAGGUGUGAGCAGCCCUCACCAUCCCCCACCGUCACCCUGGAGACGCUUGGGUCAAGGUGUGCUGUGGUUUUCACACCCUCAAGGAGGCCACAGGUUCCAGGCACCCCGUGAGCCCCAGGCUCCCCGUGGAAGCAGCUCAGCUUUCUCUCCAGCACACACAGCUCUGGGCCAGGGAGUAGGGGGAGGGGACACCUGGGACACUGGCUGAUGCCAGGCCGGGGGUCGGGGGGAUGGGGCUCUGGCCUGGGCCAGACGUGGCUCCUCACCAGCUCUGUCUUUGAAGGGGACCCAGCUCAUAAAUGUGGGUGCAGAACGGAGACAGGAACUGGCCCACCUGGGAGGCCAGAUUAGUAGGACACGGUGGAUGGAUGAUUUAUGGACAAGUGGGCACAUUGGUGGGUGGAUGGAUGGAUAAAAGGAUGGUGAAAUGCUUGAAGGAAGAGCAGUUGGAUAGAUGGAUGGAGAUAAACAGUUGCUAGAGACAAGGAUGAAAUAUCAAACCUAAGCUCCAUGAAGGCAACAACUUUGCCUCUUUUGUUCACGGCUUUACCCCCCGUCAGGCACCUAGUGGGCCCUCAAUAAAGCCUGAUUUGCAGUG